AUGUCGUUGAAACAACUGCUCAAGGCCGCCAAGGCGGCAAUCGACCGCAAUGAUCCAGAAGACGCGCUUGAUCACGCGAAAGAAGCCCUCAAAAUGGACAAAAACUGCUACUUUGCCUACAUCUUUCAAGGCAAGCUGUAUCAGUUGCUUUCAGAAUUGGGAAAAGCGCAGAGUUCGUUUGAGAAGGCCACCGAGUUGGAGCCCGAAAAUCUCUUGGGCUGGCGAGGCUGGUACCAGGUUGCCAAAUCGAGCGAUAACUACGACACAUACUUCCGGGUGUUGACGAAAUAUUUACAUGUGCAAAUCGAGCAGGACGUGCCGAUUGCAGACACCGUGAAGGACGUCUUCAACUACUUGCACGCACGUGACUUUCAAAAAGAUGCCAUAUUGAACGAAACGUAUCUCCGUGCCAUUCUCCCGGGAACGGAGUUGGCCAAUCUCUUGGGUUCUGCCAUGGGAAACCCGGCUGAAAGUGUGAAAAAGCUCUUAACGCUCGUAAAAUCCAGGGAAGAUCAGCAGGUGCGUCAGGCUUUGGCCAAGGAGAAACUCCGCUUGCCCCGUGUACUUACCGCAGCGCUGCAUGCACGUUUGCACGAACUUGAGUGGUCGCUUCGUAAGGACUCCGAUAUCUCGGCGCUCUACCAGAUAUAUCUUGAGACCAGCGAUGACGAUGAGCUGCGCCGGAAAUACGAGAUUGAACUCCUCAAGUACAAAUAUGCGCUCUUGAAAAUCAAACCGGAAAAAGCUGGUUUGCUCGAGGAGAUCAAGGAAAUGGCAGACGACUUGGUGCUUCUAGACACCCCUGAUCUAUUCACGUGGUCACUCCAUCUAGACCUCCAGGACUCACCGUCAAUCGACGACCUCGACCAGGGAUUGCUCAAAAGAUGCAUUCAGAAAUUCAAAGGAGAGGGCUUGAGUGCUGUGCUUUAUCUGUAUGUUAUGAGCGACAUGUGUCUCCUCGACAAGGAGCAGUUUAAGGACAUCUAUCUUGGUGAAAAGCUGGAGCCAGAGCCGCUGCAGGAAGAGCUCCUUGAUGGCGAGCUCCUUGAUAGCGAUGUUCUCGAAACCGACGACACACAUACGGAAGGACUCUCGCCCACGGAAGUGCUCGAUCUCAUGCUUCAAGGCUACGCCAAAUGUUCCGAUUCUAUGUUAGCACACCGCAUCGUGUGCAGCUACCUCAUCUUCAUCCAGGAUUACGAGGCGGCAUUGGAAAAGUGCACAACUGUCAUCCGUCAUUUGGCUGAUUUCCAGAGAACGUACGGAAUCGAUCUUUGCCACUGUAAGGAGAGUGUCUUGUGCCUGCUUGCAAGUGUGUACACAUACCACGAAGCACCAAAGAAUUUCAGCAGGGCGCUUCAACUCUACAACAAGAUUCUUCUGGAUAACAGCAGCAAUAAACAGGCGUUGAUAGGCAAAGGUUUGAUCUUGGUUGCCAAGCGUGAAUUGGACAGUGCUUACGACCUUCUUUCGCUGGUGGCACGUGACUUUCCUGGUGACCCACGGGCGCUUAUGGAGCUUGGCUGGUGUCACGUGUUGCAAGAGCGAUACGCCGACGGAAGAGGGGUGUUGCAAUCGGCACUCGAGCAUGUUCAAGAGGUGUCCCCCAAAUCGUUUGUCAUACGCGCAGACAUUCACUGGAGAUUGGCGAAAAGCUUCUUGAUGGAGGACUCAGAGAAUGACGCCAACUUGAAAAGCGCAUAUAAUUUCCUUGUUCUUUCGCUCAAGGACUCAAAGACUUUUGCCCCGUCUUAUACGCUUCUUGGAAUCUUAUACUACGAUCACUAUGAUGACAAAGCCAGAGCACAGAAGUGCUUCUACAAAGCUUUCGAGCUUGAUGUUGCUGAAAUCACCGCGGCCAAGUAUUUAGUGAAGGACUUGGCCAAGAAGAGCGACUGGGAAAUCACCGAGAUCUUGUGUAAAAGAGUGGUAACGUCUGAAAAAAGCAGGAGAAUUCUUUUCAGUCUGCUCUAUGAGGACCCGGACAAGUCCUGGCCGUACCGUGUUUUGGGAUGUUCUGCACUUAAUAGACAGGACGAUGCUAAGGCCAUUGAGUGGUUUCAAACAGCCCUCCGCAUGCACGCCAUGGAUUUGGAGUGUUGGAUCGGCUUGGGCGAGGCUUACUACAACUGCGGACGAAUGGACGCUGCUCUCAAAGUUUUUCAGCAUACAGUCAAAACAGACCCCACUUCGUGGGUCAGUCACUACAUGUUGGGUUCGGCAGUAUGUGCCAUUGGAGACUACGCCAGCGGACUCGAGGCUUUGCGUACAGCAUUGACCAUGAACCCUGAUGCAGAAUGCAUCUUGAAUGCGUUGUACGAGCAACAUAUCAUGUAUAGCUCGCAGUUGCUUCUGGGCGGUUUUGUCAAGAGAACCCUCCUGGUCAACAACUCGGCAAUGGAGAUCAUCGCACAAGCGGCAAAGAAAAAUCCUACUUCUUUGAGUUUGUGGAAAUCUUUGGGUCAGUGUCUCAAGCUAGUUACACACGUCCAACAGGACAUAUCCGACUUACCAAUUGAUCAUGUCUUGGGAACUUUGAAGACUGUUUCUGGGAUUGACGAUGAGCAUGCAUCAUCAAAGGCAGCCAAAUCAUUAUUUGAAGAUGGCUCCCAUCUCGAGGCAAUCUCUAUGCUCAAUGUCUUGGCAGCAAGAGCCGCAAUCCAUGCAUCAGGCCAAAAAGUGCACAAGCUUGUGCGGUCGUACACAAAAUACAACCUUGGGUUGGCGUUUUUGGAUGCUUUCAAUGUUUGCGAGGAAGCCAAUGUUGCUUUCCGUGAUAUGGCAAUCGAGCAGUUUAAAGAUUCAAUCAAACUUGAACCGGCGAAUGCCCAAUACUGGCUUGCGUUAGGAAAUGCAUAUGUUUCUCUUGAUCCUCUGCUUGCACAACAUUGUUUCAUCAAGGCCAGUGUGUUUGACUCAAAAGAUUUCAGUGUUUGGUCAAAUUUGGCUGCUCUAUACUUGAGAUACGGCGACGCAGAAUUGGCACAGGAAGCUUUUGACAGGGCAACAUCCAUGGCCCCAGAACAGUCUAUGCCAUGGUUGGGAAAUGCAUUGACUGCCGAGGCUUCAGGAGAUGAAGAGAAGUCGAAGGGUUUAUCAACGCACGCAUAUGUUCUUUCAAACGGUCGCAGUGCAUUGGCACAAUUGUGCUACGCUCUUUCUGUUCUCAACAACCGAAUUGGAAGUUCCAAAGAUGCCAGGGAUGUUGAGGCUGCACAAGAGUUUAGUAUUGCCAAUUUUGCGAUCCAGAGCUUCUUGAAGUUUCAGCCCACAAACGAAACGGGGCUCAAGCUCGCUCUUCUCUUGAGUGAAAGAUGCCACACGUACGAAAGUAGUAUAGUUGUUGGGGAGAAAUUGAGCGAAGUGCUUGAAAAGAAAUUCGAGAAAUCUGAGAGCUCAGCCGUGAUGCUCGAAGUGGCAACGACAAAGACACUGUUGGCAAGAGUGUAUAUGGGCAUGGGAGAUUAUGAAAGCGCCAUUGAAAACGCACAAUUUACUUUGGAUCUUGUGGCGGAGGAAGAGACUUCUCCUGCUGUUCGUGAGGCUAUUCUUUCUUCAAGAAUUGUUAUUGGACUUUCGUUUUUCUUCAAUGAACAGUACAAUGAAGCGCUUGAGGAGUUCCAGAUGAUUCUUGCUGACCACGGACUGUCGCAAAAGGCGGUGACACUCACGGCCCAGAUUUUGCAUGCGCUUGACACGCCUGAGUCUAAACAAGCGGCGAUCGAUCAGUUGUUCACGUUCAUGGAAGAAAAUGGGUCCUCAUUGCUUGUCGUUUUGACUUUGGGUGCCAUUUCAGUGGUCAAUGAUUUUGAAGACUACUACAUCCCCAUCAAGGAGGAAUUGGAAUCGUUGAAGUUACAGGAGCUUAUUGGAGACAACUUCCGCCAGGUGCCCAAAUUACUAAAGGAGAUUAGCGACCGUGUCAGUGGAAGGGAUGGGUCUACUGUUUGGCAGAAGUUUGCCAUGCUUUUCCCUGGAGACUUCAAUAUCUGGAAGAAUCUCGACUCGCACAUGGCGUUAUCUAGCGCUCUUUUGAGCGAGUCUAAGCGUACGGCCAUCGAGGUUUCUAGUGCGUAUGCCGAGAAAGCGACGAGGAGAGAAAUUCAAAGGGCGCUAUUAAUUUGUGCUGAUAACGCCGCGGCUCGCCUGGUAUUGAUGUCGGCCCAUUGA